GACGUUCAGUUUCCCCCUCAAAUAAAAUCCACACAAUCUUCAAAUAGAUAAACUGCCACCAACUCAGUGAGUUACUGAGUUUCAAACCCCAGCCCACUGAGUGAACGUCCAAACUCUUAUCAUGACGCACCUCGACAUCGAUUCAAUAGCGUCGUUGAUCGGGGUCUCGGUCCCCGUGUGCCGGUUUCUUUUAUGCUUCGUGGCUACUAUUCCUUUCAGUUUUCUAUGGCGACUCGUCCCCGGUCGACUUGGGAAGCACGUGUACGCCGCUGCGUCUGGCCUGACUUUAUCGUAUUUGGCAUUCGGCUUCUCUUCAAAUCUUCACUUUUUGGUGCCCAUGUUGUUGGGUUAUCUUUCAAUGGUGUUUUUUCGUUCUAAAUGUGGAGUCAUUACGUUCUUCUUGGGCUUCGGUUAUCUCAUUGGCUGCCAUGUAUAUUAUAUGAGUGGAGAUGCAUGGAAGGAAGGAGGUAUAGAUGCCACUGGUGCCCUAAUGGUGUUAACGCUGAAAGUCAUUUCGUGUGCAAUAAAUUACAAUGAUGGAUUAUUGAAAGAGGAGAACUUACGUGAAGCUCAGAAGAAAAAUCGGUUGAUUAAGUUACCCUCGUUGAUUGAGUAUUUUGGUUACUGCCUCUGCUGUGGUAGUCACUUUGCUGGCCCAGUUUAUGAAAUGAAAGAUUAUCUUGAGUGGUCCGAAGGGAAAGGGAUAUGGAGCGGACCAUGGCCAUCACCUUACGGAGCAACGCUUCGAGCUCUUGUCCAAGCAGCUUUCUGCAUGGCCUUGUAUCUUUACCUGGUACCUUACCAUCCCUUGUCCCGAUUUACAGAACCCAUCUACCAGGAAUGGGGGUUCUGGAAACGGCUGAGCUAUCAGUACACAUCUGGCUUUACAGCACGUUGGAAAUAUUAUUUCAUCUGGUCAAUUUCAGAGGCUGCAAUGAUUAUUUCUGGCCUGGGCUUCAGUGGUUGGACAGAAUCUUCUCCACCAAAGCCAAAAUGGGAUCGUGCAAAAAAUGUUGACAUUUUAGGUGUUGAGCUUGCCAAGAGUUCGGUGGAGUUGCCGCUUGUGUGGAACAUACAAGUCAGCACCUGGCUUCGUCAUUAUGUUUAUGAGAGGCUUAUUCAGAUUGGGAAGAAACCUGGGUUUUUUCAGUUGCUGGCUACACAAACUGUUAGUGCUGUUUGGCAUGGUCUGUAUCCUGGGUACAUCGUAUUCUUUGUUCAGUCAGCAUUGAUGAUUGCUGGCUCAAGAGUCAUUUACAGAUGGCAACAAGCACUGCCUCCAAAAAUGGCUCUUGUUAAGCAGAUAAUGGCAUUUCUCAACUUUAUUUACACAAUUUUGAUUCUGAACUAUUCCUGUGUUGGUUUCAUGGUAUUAAGCAUGCGGGAAACACUUGCCUCAUAUGGAAGCGUGUAUUAUAUAGGAACCAUUAUUCCCAUAGUGUUGAUCCUCCUGGGUUCCAUAAUCAAACCAGCGAGGCGACCCAGAUCGAAAGCUCGGAAAGAGCAGUGAGAAUAAGAUUGGAAAGAAACCACAUUUUCUUGCCUUUUAGGCUUGUAAUGAGAUUCGAAGAGCAGCAGAGCCUGCUUUCUGUUGUUACUGGAAGAGAUCUUUAACGCGUGUUUGAUCUCUGAAUUUGUCAAGUUUUAAUUUAAUCUUUGUUAACCACUUCACAAUACAAGAGAGGAAUGAAACUUGCUACUCUGAAAGUAGUAAAAAAAAAUGUCAUUAAAGGUUGAAACUUGAAAAUUGAAAAUGUUGUUA